CUCACCUUUAUAACUUAGCUCAACUACCACAUAAAGCAAGUUAUAGUAAACUUAACUUAACUUCAUUUCCUUUCCAACUUUCUCCAUGGCAAUUCAUUAUUAUACAUCGGGCAACAGUUGACACUGGGUGCAUUCGUCUAAUGAAACAAUCGUAAAAAGGAUGAUACAACCAGUCAUUGCGGAAUUGAAGAAAGAUGGGCAAGGAGAAUGCUAGCUCAUCAAGCGCCGCUGCCGCUCAAGGCCAUGAUCAUGCUCCUCCUUUACCUCCUAGGCCCUCCCAAACAUUAAGGAAUGACUCUACUACGACCACGAUAGAAGGAUCUAAUUUGCAGUCGAAACCAACCACUGCAAUCUCUUCUAUGAAUAUUCAGACUCUCUCGUUUCCCGACGGAUCACGUGGUACCUUCUCAACAACUAAUGAGAAUGACGCCGGAGACACUAGACAGUCUACGCCAGCAAAUGCCGGUAUGGCAGGCAUAGGUUUCAAUCCCAUUGCUGGUGAUAUAGAUGAGUCUAUGAGUGUGAUGAGCAUAGCCCCGACUCUACGACCGCCGGGAGACCUAGAAAGUUUACUCAUUGGAGAUGGGGGUAAGAAAAGUCCCGCGUGGACUCUCUUACGCUCACAAUAUGCCGCCGUCCCACCUUUUAAAACCGUCAAAGUCGAAGAGGGUACGGCCCUUGCCAAUUUUACUGACGAAUUCGAUGAUAUACCGGAUGAAUCUGAGAAGAACUGGAAUGACGAGGACAGAGUAAAACUUUGGAAAUCCAAGUUAAAACAUUUCAUGAUUUUGUCAUCUGCUGGAAAACCGAUAUAUAGUAGACAUGGAGAUCUAGGACUUAUAAACUCUUCGAUGGGGGUUGUACAGACUAUCAUCUCGUUCUACGAGGGUGCCAAAAACCCUCUUAUGGGAUUUACGGCCGGGAAUACGCGCUUUGUUAUCGUGACAGAGGGUCCUCUUUACUUUGUCGCCAUAAGUAGGCUUGGAGAGAGUGAUUCUCAGCUGAGGGCUCAACUCGACGCGUUAUAUAUGCAGAUCCUAUCCACGCUGACCCUCCCAACCUUGACCCAUAUUUUCGCCAACCGGCCAUCUACCGAUCUCCGGAAACCUCUGCAGGGAACAGAAAAUUUACUUUCUUCGUUAGCCGACAGCUUCACAAGAGGAUCCCCAUCUGCCUUGCUGGGGGCUUUGGAAUGCCUGAGGCUCAGGAAGUCACACCGACAUGCUAUCAAUAAUGCAUUUCUCAGAACAAGAACCGAAAAGUUGCUUUACGGUUUAAUAGUCGCUGGUGGGAAGCUUGUUAGUGUAAUUCGACCACGUCGCCACUCCCUUCAUCCCAGUGACCUUCAACUUAUCUUCAACAUGCUAUUCGAAUCCGGGGGUGUCAAGGCUGGAGGAGGAGAAAAUUGGAUUCCACUCUGUUUACCAGCCUUUAACAACCGUGGAUACCUCUAUAUGUAUGUCAGUUUCCUGGAUGUUGAGCCGGAAUCCGAAAGAGACUUGACUACUGCUGGCGAAGAAGUCGCGAUCAUCUUGAUUAGCCCGGAUAAGGAGAGUUUCUUUGAUCUCCAACAAAUGCGAGACGACGUUGUGGCCGAGUUGAAGAAAAAGGGGCAUCUUGACAUUAUCAAAACGGCAGUGCAACAAGGACGUGCAAGUAUGAACGACAUUGCUCCAGGAACACACGUCAGCCACUUUCUAUUCAAGUCAAGGGCCAAUGUUCAAUUUUGCAUGCCGUCUCUCCUGCCAACGUUCGGCAGUCUCGUAUCACGCAGAAGACUCAUGUCUCUUUAUCAUAGUCUACAUUCGACGAUUCAUGCCAAACAUACCCAUGUAAAGGUACUACAUUGCGUUGGAGAAGAUAGCACUUCGCUUGCCUGGAUUACACCAAUAUUCGAAUUCUAUUGCGUAGCGGGACCCAACGCAUCUCGAGCUGUCAUGACACAAGGAGCAAAUAAGAUCAUCCAAUGGGCGAAACGUGAGGAAGAACGGUUGUUUAUAAUAGGCGGAGGCGUCUUCUAAAUUCAAAUAACUAUCCAUUUCCAGAUACCCUUUCUCAUGAGAGCAAAUCACACAAACAGUUCACAUUCCCUUUCCAAUCCCAAUCCCAAUCCCAUUACCAUUUCCAGC